CACCGGCGAUCGAAAACAACGUGCCCAACUGUCAUCAGCACUGCACGGUCCUUUUCAAAACAAACGUGGAAACGUGUUCGCAAGCAGAAGUCGCGAUCGUCCACGGUUCUUCUUGAUUUCCCGCGGUAAAAAUGGCCCUGAAAGCGUUAAAAUGUAGAUCUUCCAAACGGCAAAAGGCAUCGCUGCGGUACAAAAAGAUCAAGAAGAUUGCGGCUAGCAAAAAGAAGAAGGAGAAGGAGGCCAAGAAGUUGCCGAAGCUGCGGUCCAAAAAGCAGAAAAUGAUCCAGGUGCCCAACAUUUGCCCCUUCAAGAAGGACAUCCUGGAGGACGUCGAGCAGCACAAGCAGUUUAACGAGCAGGAACGGCUGAGGAAGAAGGAGCUGUUGAAGCAGCACCGGAUGGGCGCGCUGGCUGGAGAUGCGUUGAAGGGUCAAACGAUUGAGUCGAUCGCGGCCGAUGCGGACCGCCGGGGUCAGGAGUACGAUCCGGCCAAGGCUGAGGCAGCCGCUGCCAAGGAAGAGGAAGAGUAUCUUAAUUUUGGCAAGGGAAAGGAAGGAUCGUUGAAGGCUUACUUCAAGGAGUUCAAGAAGGUUAUCGAUGCGGCGGAUGUUAUUUUGGAAGUCGUUGAUGCCCGUGACCCGUUGGGGACUCGGUGCGCCGAAGUGGCUCAGAUUGUGCGGGAAGCCCCCGGGCAGAAGCGACUUGUGGUAAUUCUGAACAAAGCAGAUUUGGUCCCGAGGGAGAAUCUGGAAAAAUGGCUCAAGUAUUUGCGUAAAACCGGACCGGUAAUUCCGUUUAAGGCCACAACACAGACGCAAAAGUAUCGCAUUGGCAACCGGAAGUUUAAGGCCGCCAAAACGUUGGAAUGUUCGCCGUGUAUCGGAGCGGAUUUGCUGAAGGAACUGUUGGCGAAUUACUGCCGUAGUGACGACAUUCGUACCUCGAUCCGGGUAGGAAUUGUGGGUUUGCCGAACGUGGGCAAAAGCUCCCUCGUGAACUCGCUGAAACGCAAACGUGCCUGCCUGGUCGGAGCCAAGCCCGGAAUUACGCGCCAGAUGCAGGAAGUUCAAAUCGAUUCGCACGUUAAAUUGCUGGACAGUCCCGGUAUUAUCUUCCAGCGACCACAGGACGCCGACCAGAACCGAUUCUACGCGCUGAAAAACGCCCAAAAGGUUACCGAAAUCCAAGAUCCCUUUCCACUGGCCGACGACAUCCUCAAGCGCGGAACCAUGAGCUAUUUCUGUAAGUUGUACGAUCUGUCCGAGUACCACUCGACGGAUGAGUUCCUCGCGAAGAAGGCCAUCAAAAUGGGCGCGCUGGCGAAAAAAGGCGUCCCGGACGUGAAGAAGGCGGCUCGUACCCUUAUUGAAGAUUGGAACGCCGGUAAGAUCAAAUACUGUACGCACCCGCCGGAGGAAGGCGAAGAAGUCCACGUCAGCGCCCAGCUCGUGUCUGCGGAAGUGCCCGAGUUUAAACUGGAAAGUUUGGACGAGGUUAUGAAAGCGCUGGACACCGAGUACGAAGAAAGCUUCAAGAUGAAGGAUAAGGACGGCGAAGAAAUGCAGGUCAUCUCCAAGGAGGAAAUCCUUACCAUGGAAAUGGACACGACCGGACCGGUCCAUCUGGAGCUUUCCAAGGACGACAAGCAGCGAAACGCCCUCGAAGAACUGCUCAAGAACUCGGGCAAGGUCAUCGAGUCCCAGGACGACGAAGGCAGCGCCAAAGCAAAGGGCAAGAAGCGCAAAGUGAACGACUACGCCGAGGAGGAAAAGCGGUUCCGCAAGGAUCCGAUGUUUGGCCUGGAGGGAAAUCAAACGGUCAACAAGAACCGAAAGGCGGUGCUGAAGGCCAAGAAGAGGGCGGCCGCCAAGGAGGAACGGAAGGUGGGCGAUAUGGCCGAAGAUCUGGGGUCGAUUUCGCUCGAGUUGGGCAGCAAGAAGGUCAAGGGCGGUGCGGAAGAUUACGACUUUGAUGAUGAUUAUCAAAUGUAAUGCGUGUUGAGCUUGGGCUGUUGAGUAACAUUUUUACUUUGCUAGAAGAUUAUAAUAAAGUAUAUCCCUA